AUGCGCAAGGUUGCCAAACAUAUGAAAAUUCUAACUUUCGAGAUUCAGCAGUAUCUAUACAUGAUACGAGAGACUCCAUUGGGUCAGCUGCCGGUAUUAGAGAUUGAUGGCAAGCAGUACGCGCAGAGUUUGGCCAUCGGCCGCUACCUCGGCCGUAAGUACGGGCUCUCAGGCGCCGAUAUCGAGGAGGACUUCGAGAUCGACCAGAACGUAGACUUUGUCAACGAUAUUAGAGCCAAUACUAAUAUCAAGCACGGUCUUGCGGGCGCCGACAUCGAGGAGGACUUCCAGAUCGACCAGAACUUAGAAUUCGUCAACGACAUUAGAGCCAGAGAUACCUGUGUAUCAUUCUCUUUAGCAAUGGACUCGCAUAAAAACCCUAGCUUAAAACGAAUAGAUACCAAGUACGGGCUCGCGGGCAUCGAUAUCGAGGAAGAUUUCCAGAUCGACCAGAACGUAGACUUGGUCAUCAUAAUGUCCAGUGGCAGUGGCACAGGCAGUGCCGUCUUUGAUCUAUUGGAGGCCCUGGGCAUAUUAGGAUAUCGAGGAAGAUUUCCAGAUCGACCAGAACGUAGACUUCGAUUUCGGGCCGCACUGGUUCAUUAUGAAACCGACGAAGUGCUCAAAGAGAAGAAGCACGAAGAUUUCUCCAAGAACAUGUACCCAGCGAUGCUGAAGAAACUGAACGAAAUCAUCACCAAGAACAACGGACACCUCGCCGCUGGAAAGUUGACUUGGGGCGAUUUCGUGCUGGCGGGAAUGUUCGACUACCUGAAGACGAUGUUGCGACAGCCGCAGCUCGAGCAGCAGUACCCCAGCUUCAAGAAGCUCGUCGACGGGGUGUACGCACUCCCGCAGCUCGCCAAAUACCUUGCACAAGCGCCUAAGACCGAAAUAUAA